CCGGGGGGGCCUCGCCGGGGUCAGCGGAGAGAGCAGCCGUCAUGGACCGGUCCCGGCUGCAGCGCAGAGGCGGAGGGCUCGCCAUCUCUGAGCCCAUCAUGAGGACAGCGGCCCUUUUGCUACGAGCUUUCAUCUGCGAUGAAAUAGGAUCAAAAGCAGAGAGUGUAGCUGAGCUGGCCCGAGAGCAGGAGUCCCAGGGCCCAUACAUCAAACUACUGCUGGAAGUUCUCAAGCGCAAGGCACAAGAAAUGUGCAAGGACGAGGAGCUGCAGAGGUUAAUCACAGCAUUGGACGGAGUCUGCACAGCUGCCGCCUUUUUCCCUGUGGCAGGACAGAUCUAUUCAAACGGCAUCGCCUGGGGCCUGGUGGCUGUCCUUUUCCGCUUGGCCAGCAAACUGGUGCUCCAGGCCCUGAACUACGACAAGCCAGAGCCGAUCGAGCUCAUCAUGGACUGGACACUGCACUCCUUCAAGUGCGACUGCUGCCCUGGAUCCAGGAACAGGGUGGCUGGGAUGGCCUCCUCUCGAAACAUGGAGAGACACUCAAGUGGAUGACAGUGGCAUCGGCCAUCGGGACCGGACUGCUUGCCUUAGCCGGACUCCGGCGAACUUAGGCUGAGGCCCCAGCUGCCUUCAUCUCUGUCUUUUCAGCAUGAAUAUGGCAUGUUUCCUUGAAGGCUGAGGCUAGAGGACCAUCCUUCCUCUUGUAUUGCCACCCCUUCUGCCUGUUGCUUCCCUCUGUGCUGGGGACCAGCACAGCAGUAGACGAUGAGGCCACCUCAGGGUUGAGAGUAGCGUGCAGGGUGGUCAGGGCGUCGGCGAAAGAAAUGACACACAGACACACUUCAAGAGUGAAAAUCUGAGUGUAAUUUUCUCUAAAUUUGUGACCAGUAUAUAUAUGUUUUCCAAAAGCACAGGAAUGAAUAUCAAGGAAAUUAGCUUGCUCAUGGGCUCAGUCUGUCACCAUCAGGGAGGUGAUCUACAUAACAAGCAAUGACCAUUAUAGAAGAAAGAAGGAAGUUUAGAAAGACAAAUAAGGGAUUAAAGUUUGUAGUUCUAGGAAGAGGGAUAAGAUUUUUAGCAUUCUUGUAGUGGUUCUUCGUGGUCGUUAUCUUUUGAUAAGCUUCUGCCUUUUCAGGGAACUUCGCUGAACUUCCUCUGCUUCAGGCUGUUCUUCGCUUCAGGCUGUUCUCCCGCCGCGCUGGUUGCCCAGCCAGAUCUAAGGACCGUGGCGAAAGCCAUUCCUAAAGAUCACUGCGGCGGGACCUCUGUUCCAAAUCAUUCAAGCUUCGCAGGGAGAACCCCCAACUCUCAUUUUUCUUACUUUUGGAAUGAUUGGGGGAUUGGGGUGAUCUGGGGUAAUAAAACUUCAGGCCACACUUCCUGUCUGUGUCAUUCAGCUCACUCCCUGGUUGGUUCCAUCUCUUUACUGGGGGUGCCCCGUGCGCCCUGAGGGUCAGUGAUGAGCUGGGUCCAGGCUGCCCUCCAGGUGCCCACAGUCCCAACAGCACCUCCAUGGCACCCUAGACUGU